UGUGGCAGAAAUGAUUUUAUAACAGGUCUUCAACCAGAGUUGCUGUCGAUUUGUUUGUUUCGCCAAGGACAGUAGAUCGCGUUUUCAAUCUGUUUAUUAAUACUGGUAACGUUACGUCACCCAGUAAGUUUGGCAGGCCUCUUUGUAGCACAACACUUUACCAGCAUGAGGAACUGGCAAUAUGUGAGAUAAUUCUCAGACAUCCAGAGAUUACACCCAUGGAUAAAAAUCGUGAAAUAUCCAUAAUUGGCACCGGAGAUUUUGGAUGUGCGCUUGCCAAACGGCUUAUCCAGAAUGGUUAUCAGGUUACCAUUGGAAGUCGCUCUCCACUUAACAGGAAUCUGGGGAAGCGCAACGAAACUCUGAAGACAGCACGUGUCGUAUCUGUCCGAGACUCUAUCAUGGCUUCAAAUAUGGUAAUUGUCGCUAUACCUUACGAGCACGUUGGUUCGCUCAAAAGCCACGAAGAUAUUUUAGAAGGUAAAAUUCUUGUUGAUGUUAGCAAUCCAUCCACCAUAUCCAAAGAAAGGUCCAAUGCUGAAAAACUUGCCGAUUUGCUUCCUAAAUCAGUUGUGGUGAAGUGCUUCAACACCAUGUCUGCCUACUCAAUAGACGAUGACACUUCCAAUGAGCAUCGCCAAGUCUAUGUAGCCAGCGAUGAUGCACAUGCCUCUGAAGUUGUUAUCCAAUUGGCCAAAGACAUUGGCUUCGCUGCGCACAAUGUUGGCAGGCUUCAGAAGGCUAGGGACCUGGAGUCCAAUACCCUGUACCUGUUUCGCGGCUGGGGCUGGCCUACAUUGUUCACGAUUGGCUUGUUCCUAGCGGAGCUUCUCUAUCUGUUUAUUGUGAUGUACAUGGUGGUAGAUCGGUACGAAAAAAGCCAAAUACCCACCUACGUGUUGUACAAGGCGGCUGGGGCGGUCAGUCUUAACCUACUGGCGUUCUGCUACCUACCAGGGGUGUUUGCAGCUUUUGCUCAGAUUUACUAUGGCUCGAAACACACACGCUUUCAACCAUGGUUGAACAGCUGGUUGCAAGGUCGCAAGCAACUUGGCAUCUAUUCCCUGUUGUUUGGCUUCGUGCACAUGAUAACAGUCAUGAGUUGCAUGAAUGGUGCUUACUUCGACUAUCUCUUCAAGCGACAAUACGUUACUGUGAAAGGAAACGGGACAGACGAUACCAUAAUCCCAGUCGACACAAAGAUGAACCUGCACGGAGAAGGGUGCAUUGCCACUGGACUCAUCGCCCUGUGUUCGAUGGCAAUCGUCGGUCUUGCCUCAGUCCCUGCUAUAGGUUCCCUGUUGAACUGGCGGGAAUGGCGCUUUAUCCAGUCCCGCUUCGGCCUCGUCUGCUUCUUGCUGACGGUGGGGCAUUGCAUGGUCCACGGUGUGCCUCGCUGGAUGAUUCAACGUGACCUUGUUCUUCGGAACAGCUUCAUGAGCCUGAUCUUCCCUUGGUUCACCCUGCUCCUAAAAAUCAUCUACUUCGUGCCCUGUGUACACCUGCACGUUUGGAAGAUCAGAAGUGGUUACGAAAGAGGCGUAAGAUGUGAUUUCGAGAAAAGCAGCACUGAAUCCUACGCUAACGAAGCCUUCGCAAAUGGCAAAAAAUGUUCCGCUGGUGGCGAUCAAGGUGUACAGUCCGGCUCUGAUGAUGCAGAAAAUGGCGAUGGUGAUAGCUCGUUACCUAACUCAGUUCCUUGAUCGAUGGAUUGAUUACUCUUUAAAAUACAAUAUAUACUUCUAAGCGUGUAAACAUUUAUUCAAUAACAACCUAGAAUCGUAAGUUUUUAAUAUUUAAUGUUAUCUAAAAGCAGUAAUUAACAUUUUCGCACAUGUUUUUCAUGAGACCGUUCCACUAUAGGGGUUGUUGAUCAGAUCCUGUUUACCCGAGAUUCAGCGAGGCGUUAAACGACUCUGGGUAUUAAAAUGAACAUACACGGUGAAUAGAACGUUAUUGGUCACCAAGUUCAAUAUUCUGAAAUUCAUGUAAUGUUUUUAACAACAACGAUAGAUUUAAGAACGAUUUUAGACGGAGGUUGAGUUUGCUCAUACACGUUUAAAACAGAAAUUCUUCUUAGUUCUGUUCUCAACUGAUCCAUUCGUAAUCGAACUUAUAAGUUUAAUUCACGUGUGCUUUUUUUAUGCCUAUAGCAAGCGUAUUUUCCAUUCCCAGAAGCGUAAUUAGUUGCACAGCUACUGAAAUUCUAAUGUAUGAUCUCGUGCAUACGAAUUAUGGUAUUUGCAGUUUAUUAUACACCUUGUUGAAUACGAUUACAAGUCUUCUCAAAAUCCAGAGACCAAACGUUUUUUGUAGCUAUUUCAAAACAAGGCGGACAUUCAAGAAUGUGCUGCCUUUUUAUACACCUUGUAUUAGAUGAUCAUGUCAGUGCUGUGACUACACCACUCUCAACAAUAGCACGCGCUUGCUGUGUUUCAUAACGAUUUAUUUUAAUACUUUUAAAUCAUCUCACGCUUCGUUAGUUCUUGGAUGAUCAGACUCAUGUAAACAGUCCCUAUAAAAGCGGUUUCAGAACGUAUAAGUUACAAGCACGAAUAGCAUAACGUACAUGCAGAUAAAAGCUAGAAUUAAGCUUGCAUAGUUUUGUUUUUAUAUCGAAUAUACUUGUUGUCCUGGUUUAUUUUUUAUACUUAAUCUUAUGCAUAAAAAUAGUUAAAAAUAGUUAUUCUUAUAUUUGUGUUAUUAUAAAGCAUUCUUUCAA